AUGGCGCAGGAGUCCAUGCGCAUCGAGCUGAAGGCCCGUAAGCGCACGCUGCCGGCGGCGCCUGUUCCUCGUGCCCUGAAGGACAAGGCCACGGACGACGUCGAGGAGGCGGACAAGGAUGCGGCAGCAGAAGUCCUAGCGGACUUAGAGGAGGCCCUUGCGGACUUGACGGAGGACGAAGAGGAAGUGCAAGAGGCCCGGAACCGGUCUAAAGCUGAGGCCAAGGACAAGAAGAAGCAAGCCGCGAAAGACAAGAAGGAAGCCGCCAAGGCCAAGAAGAAGCAGGAGCAAGAGGAGAGGAAGCGCCAGAACGAGCUCUUCAACCUGGCGAGCAAAGCGAACCGCUUCCUUGCACAGCCUCUGGUCAAAGUGACCAAGGCGAGAGACCUCGUUGCCAAGGACAAGACAGCGUCGGAGCUUGUACGCGAAAGCAUUUGCUCCGCGCACACGCAGAUGCAGGAGUGGCAAACGGCCGCGCUGCAGACAGUCUUGAAGCGGGCCAAGACGCCUGACGCUAAGCUUCAGGACCUGCCGUUCACCAACUUCAAGGAGCUGCAGCAGCAGGUCCAGGAGCACUUGACCCUGGCUGCCACUGUCAAGCCGCUGGCGAAGGCUAAGGCUAAGACCCGUGCCGGCGGCAGGAAGCGACCUCGCGAAGAGAAGGACGCCAAGGACGGCGAGGAAGAGUCCGACAAGGAGGAGAGCAAGGAAAAGGACGACGACAGUGUCAAGUGUGAGACCGCCGAGGAGACCCAGGUCACUGACGCGGCCUCCGCCGACAGCUGA